UGAAGGCGCACGUAUUUGAUCUCCUAGUGAAUCAUUGUUCAGUUACUACGCUGUUUUGUAGAAUGUAUUAAGUUAAACUUGAAAAUGAAAGGGCGACAUCAAUUCCGACGUAGAUUCAGCCUGCAGCCGUCGUUUAUGAAAGACGACGGUGAGGAAGAAAGAAAAACACACAGACCAGAAAAGGCGGAACAUUCUGUACCUGGCAGUAACAGCAACCUUACUAACAAUGCUGUACGACACAAGAUAGUUGUGAUGGGCGCUGCUAAAGUAGGAAAAUCUUCGCUCAUAUCCCAAUUCCUAUACAACACCUUCUCGCCAAAAUAUAAGAGAACCAUAGAAGAGAUGCACCAUGGUGACUUCAACGUCGCCGGAGUGAGAUUGACUUUAGAUAUUUUGGAUACAUCAGGAGCAUUCGAAUUCCCUGCAAUGCGCACCUUAUCCAUGCAAUCGGCGGAUGCCUUUAUCCUGGUGUACGACAUAACUGAUCCAGACAGUUUUGCUGAAGUGCGGCAGUUGAGAGAUCAGAUUCAUGAAACAAAAGACAGCACGGCCGUACCAAUAGUGGUGGUUGGUAACAAGGUAGAUUUGGCUGAAGCUGGUGAUAGACAGGUUGAUUUUCACACAACGGAAUCAGUGGUUACUGUUGACUGGGAGAAUGGAUUCGUAGAAGCUUCAGCAAAGGAAAACAUCAACGUAUCACAGAUAUUUAAGGAGCUGUUGGCGCAAGCGAAAGUGAAGUACAAUUUAUCCCCGGCCCUUCGACGUAGACGACGCCAAUCCUUGCCGACGGGUCCUCAGGGACCACCAGGGUCUUCUACUGCCUCCAGCCCUUCAAAUGCUCCACACGUUCCCUCCCCAGCACAAUUAGCCCAUUUACAACAAAUACGUGAGCGACACGCCGGCAGCAAACGAAACUCUUGUAUCAUUUCUUAAGCAAAUCUAUAUGUAGUAGAAAUAUUUUAUUAAUCUUCCAAAGAGAUCUUACUAUAUUCAAAGAGGUCAUAAUGUAGUCAGUAAAUUUAAUAAUAUGUCUAAAAAUGUCUAAAAUAUAUUCUUCCGUAUAAUUAUUAAUUAAUAAUAAGAAAACCUCAUCAAGAUGUUGAUAAUAAAAAAACCAAUCCUUCAUUCCUAUCGGGACGAAAUUAAAUAAUUUAAACAUUAAGAAAGACAUAUUUUACAAUUUUCAACUAUUAGUACCAAUGUAAUACUGAAUAUGGAGAUUGGUGUAAUUAGAUUUGUAGUCACGUUUUCAUCAUAUUAAUAUUAAUCAGUAAUUUGAUUAUUUAACAUGCGCUUUGCCGCAACAAAUACAGCAUUGGAAUAAAAAUAAAAGUAUUUUUAUAUGAGACAAAACAGAACCAUGGCAAAAUAAUAGCUAAGGUUAAUGUCAUUGUUUACAAUCAGCAUCAAAAUAUAACAUACAAACUUUGCACCCCUUUUUAACCCCUUUAGGGGUGAAUUUUUUCAAAAUGCUGAAAUCCAUUUUCUUGUUUUGUAAUAAGGAGUUCGCAAAGUUUCAAGUCUCUUACGUAAAAUUUUACUCAAUCUCCAUACAAAAUUUCAACCUUUAAGGGUGGAAUUUUCAAAAAUCCCUUCUUAAAGUAUCCACACUUUCGUUAGUGAGUGAAUCAGUCAGUCAGUCAGGACUUUUACGUUUAUAUACAUAUAUAGAUUACACAUGCGUUAUAAUAAUUCUCUUCAUUUUUACUGGACGUUCAAUUGAGUAGAAAGGGUAAACCACCCUUUUAUUAGUAUGCCUAAGUUUAAUUUGAAAAAAUCUUCAAUUCGAGAAAAAUAGAUUUGGUGGGUGAGACUGUUCCUGUUUUUGAAAUAUAUCA